AUGGCCUUCAAGCAGUUUUGGGAUGAGCACGUGGUGCUCAAGCGACAUCCAGGCUCGUUUGGCGCAGGCGAUCCUGCUGCCCUCAAAUAUACCAAUGAGGACAUGGAUCCUAUCAAGAGGAAGGACCGUACAUACGCCUGGUACCAGAUGGGUUUGUUCUGGAUUGCUGAAGGCUUCAACGCGGCCCAGCUCGAGGUCUCGAGUGCAGCAUUCUCGCUCGGCCUGAAUCCUGGUCUCUGCGUCGUGGCCUGCCUCGUUGGCAAUCUUAUCGUCUCCUGGCCUUGCGCAGCGUCUGGCUACCUAGGUAGCAAGCUCGGAACGAACUUUCCCGGAACCGUCAGAGCGUCAUUCGGUAUGAUCGGAUCGAAAUGGGCGAUGAUUGUUAGAGGCGUGCCUUGUAUCAUCUACUACGGCAUCCAGUGCAGUCUGGCUGGACAGGCAGUGCAAGCCUGCACCACAGCAAUCUGGCCUUCGUUUGCUCACUGGCACCUCGACGCCUUCCCGAAGUCGGCAAACAUCACCCCCCCUCAGCUUUUGUCCUUCACCAUCUUCUGGCUAUUGUCGUUGCCAUUUCUCUGGCUGCCGAUUAAGACGCUGCGGUAUCUAUUUGUCGUCAAAAGCGUUCUGGUACCUUUGUUCUGGACGGCACUAUUCACCUGGUCAAUUACUGCAGCUGGAGGAUGGCCGAAAGUUUGGAGAGAACCCAGCAAGCCACUUGAUGGGUGGUCUGUCGGCUACCUCUUCGGAAUUUGUGUUAAUGCAGCCAUUUCGGGCAACGCGACAUUUGCGGUCAACAUCAUGGAUAUUUCCCGACACUCCAAGAACGAUACAGCAGCGUGGGCAACGCAGCUGUUUGCCUUACCUGUCCUGGUGACCCUAACUGAAUUCCUGGGAUGUACCAUGGCGGUGGCCUCGUCUGUCGUAUAUGGGCACGUCGAAUGGAACCCACUGAGUGUGAUCAACAACUUCGACAACAGAGCCGGCAAGUUCUUCGCGGGUGCCUGCUUUAUUUUCUUCAACAUCAUGACGAACGUUACCGGCAAUUCGGUCCCCCUGGCAAAUGACUUGACCGGGUUGUUCCCCAAGUACAUUAACAUUCGGCGCGGGCAGUUUAUCUGCGCCGUCAUCUCAUUCGCCAUCUGUCCGUGGGAGAUUCAGGCCAAGGCCACGACCUUCUUGGCUUUCUUAGGAGCAUAUACCUUGUUCCUUGGUGCUACCACAGGUGUGAUCAUGGUGGACUACUUCUGGGUCCGGAGAGGAUACGGCAUCAACAUCUCGCAUCUCUUCAAGCCUCAUGGCAUCUACUGGUAUGAUUUCGGCUUCAACUGGCGAGCAUUCGUUGCGUGGUUUGUUGCGAUUGCGCCGCUCUUCCCAGGCAUGUUGUACAGCAUGGGCGUGCCGGUUGCCAACCGAGGCAUCCUCAACAUGUACUCGUGGAAUUAUGUACUCGUGGUUGUCUUCUCCGGGCUCGUGUAUUUCAUCUGCACAACUCUUUCGCCCAUCCCCGUCAGGACUGAGGAGGAGGAUUACGGGAAGUUGUACCUGAUUGAGGGUCUGGAGCCGACCAGCGAGACCGCGUCGAGCACUGGUUACAAGGCAGACAGCGACAUCGAAAAGCGUGUCAUCGACGCAAAGAUCGCGCCAACCACGAUCGAUCCCGUUGCGUAG